UAUAAUGACACAUGGUAGUACAUGAGAAAUCACGAGUUUUGGGUUUUCUCGAGUGUCCCAACAUUCCCAUCAGAAGUUCCAUUCCACGAACACCCUUUUUACUGCCUUUGAUAUAUGACUUGACCUGUUCCACUACUUCACUUGUCUUGUCUGUUGCCUUUUCCACUUUCUUCUCCAAAACUCUUCGCUUUUCACAGAAACAUAGAACGUUAAAGAGCUUUUGAGUUAAGUGAGAAGUGAGAAAAGCCAAUAUAUUGACUUGAAUCCUAAGCCAUAUUUUUCAAUCAGAACUGAAAAUGGGGUUUUCAGCACUGUUACUGUUGUUUCCUCUUGUGUUUUUGCUUUCAAACCCAACAUGGGUGUGUGGGAAUGAAGAGCUAAGAGCACUGAUGGAUAUGAAAGCCAGUUUGGAUCCAGAGAGCCGUUAUCUACCCUCUUGGACUAUCAAUGGUGAUCCAUGUGAUGGAUCUUUUGAGGGAGUGGCAUGCAAUGAGAAGGGUCAGGUGGCAAACGUUUCUUUGCAGGGAAAGGGCCUCUUAGGGAAGCUUUCACCAGCCAUUGCUGGCCUCAACCACUUGACCGGACUCUACUUGCAUUAUAACUCUUUGUAUGGAGAGAUACCAAGAGAAAUCGCAAACUUGACUUACCUUGUUGAUUUGUAUUUGAAUGUAAACAAUCUGACUGGGGAAAUCCCUCGUGAGAUCGCCAGCAUGGAGAACUUGCAAGUUUUGCAGCUAUGUUAUAAUCAGUUGACAGGAAGCAUUCCUAUACAGCUUGGGGCUUUGAAAAACCUGAGAGUUGUUGCUUUGCAAUCAAAUCAUUUAACUGGUGCUAUCCCUGCUAGUCUAGGUGAUUUGGGUGUGCUGGUGAGGCUAGAUUUGAGCUCUAAUAAUCUCUUUGGUUCCAUUCCCACUAGCCUAGCUGACGCGCCUUCACUCAAAGUUUUGGAUGUUCACAACAAUACUCUGUCUGGGAAUGUACCUCCUGUUCUUAAGAGACUUGAUGAUGGGUUUCUGUAUGAAUACAAUCUGGGCUUAUGUGGAGUUGGGUUUUCAUCCCUGAAAGCUUGCAAUGCUUCGGAUCAUGUCAAUUCUAGCAGACCUGAACCUUAUGGAGCAGCAACAAGAGAUAUUCCAGAAACCGCAAAUGUGAAGUUACCUUGCAAUGGAACUCAGUGCCUUAAUUCAUCAAAAUCCAAUCAAUCCACCACAUCAAUUACUGUUGGCAUAUUUGUGGUUAUAAUUGCACUGUCUGCUAUUGGUAUUUUAACAUUCACGUUAUAUCGUCGGAGAAAACAAAAGGUUGGUGGUUCUUUUCAUAUCACUGACGGCCAUCAAAGUACUGAUGAAGCCAUGUGUGCAUAUAAGAAAAAUGGAUCUCCUUUGGUCAGCCUUGAGUACUCUUCUGGAUGGGACCCUUUGGCUGAUAGUAGGACUUUCAAUGGCUAUAGCCAAGAUAUAUUCCAGAGUUUGAGGUUCAACUUGGAUGAAGUGGAGUCAGCUACUCAGUAUUUCUCGGAGUUGAAUUUGUUGGGUAAGAACUGCUAUAGUGCGACAUAUAAGGGAGUUUUAAGAGAUGGAUCCGUUGUUGCUGUGAAGAGUAUCAGUAAAACUAGUUGCAAGUCUGAUGAAGCUGAGUUUAUGAAGGGUUUGAACAUGUUGACAUCACUGAGGAAUGAUAAUGUAGUGAGGUUGAGAGGAUUUUGUUGUUCAAGGGGACGAGGUGAAUGCUUUCUGAUUUAUGAUUUUGUUGCUAAUGGAAACCUUUCACGCUUCCUUGAUGCUAAGGGAGGAGAUGGAGAAGUCCUUGAAUGGUCAACUAGAGUUUCUAUUGUGAAAGGGAUUGCUAAAGGUAUGGCAUAUUUACAUGCAUACAAAGCAAACAAACCCGUUUUGGUUCACCAAAACAUCUCUGCUGACAAAAUUCUCAUUGAUCAGCGUUACAAUCCAUUGCUGGCGGAUUCUGGUCUGUACAAGCUUCUUACUAAUGAUAUUGUUUUCUCUGCACUCAAGGGUAGUGCAGCAAAGGGUUACCUGGCUCCUGAAUAUGCCACUACUGGCCGGUUUGCUGAGACAAGUGAUGUUUAUGCUUUUGGGGUGGUGCUUUUCCAGAUCCUUUCAGGAAAGCAUGAGAUCACUAGCUCAAUAAGGCUUGCUGCUGAGUCCUCCAAAUUCCAAGAAUUUAUUGACCCAAAUCUCAAUGGAAGAUUCUUUGAAUAUGAAGCAGCUAAGCUGGCAAAAAUAGCUUUGCUUUGCUCCCACGAGUCUCCUUUUGAGAGGCCAUCCAUGGAAACCAUUGUUCAAGAACUGGUGAAUUGUAGUAGCUGUCUCUGAUUUCAA